UGACACGUCGGCUUCUGGAGCCGGAUAUUCCAAGAUGGCGGCGGCUGCGGCUGAGGCGGCCUUCGCGGCCGGGGAGAGAGGCUCGGGGCCCGGCUGGAGGAGCUGAGGCGGAGCUGAGGCGGAUCGGGACGAGGCUGGAGAGUCCUUGAAGGAACACUGGUCCCACUCCCUUGGGUUAGCAUCCUGCAAGUGGCGCCCAGUUUGGCCCAGACAUUUGCGAUGCAGCCCCCGCCACAGACAGUGCCCCCAGGGGCUGGCGGGCCACCACCUCUUGCAGCAGCGCAGAACAUGUAUUGGCGCAACAGCGGCCCCUUGGGUCGGCGGGCCAAUGCUCCCACCACAGCAGCGGCCAGCCCCAUGCGGCCCGUGACGGACCCCUUUGCUUUUGGCGCCAUGCAGACGCUGCGAGGCAACCCCCCGCUCGGCAACACAGCCAAAGGCGACCCACCAGCUAUGCAAAGCUUUCCCCCGGCGGCGUUCCCUCCUCCCCCUGCGGUGACCCAUCCACCUCAUCUACCUGCGGGAGACAACUCCCAUGGGCUGAACCUGCCUUUAGCAGCUUCCGUCUCUCAAUCUGGUGCCCAUGGUACGUUUUCAAGCCAGUCAACCUCCUCAUUGUAUUCGGAGCGUGUGACAAACAGUGCCGACAUGCACCCCAACGUUGAGCGCAGCACACGGAACCCCAUGGAUCCCAUGAGUUUCCCUUUAGAGAAUUCCUUACGUGGACAACAAGGUUCCCUUCCACCCAGCGGGCAAGAAACGAGUAGGAACCCAAACAUCCCAACUUCGGUACCAUCAUCCACAUCUUUCUUACCCUCUGCUCAGCAAACAGUGCCUCAGUGGAUGGCUCCCCAAGGUAGCUUUCAGCCCCAAGGUGGUCCUCCUUACUCGGUAUACCCAGAGCCGCCUUCCCAGAAUGCUUUUUAUGCUGUUACUCAGUCUCCCCUUGGGGUUUCCCAGCCCCAUCAGAGCACCCCGCAGCAACCUCCUGCUGCUCAAAACGCUGUCCAAGCACCGUUGAUGUUUGGCGAUGCUCCCAGUGCAAAUGCUCCCCACAACUCCGCCUGGCAGAACGCAGGAGGAGCCAGCAAUUGGUCGGCGCAGAUUCCUCAAGAACACUUUUAUCUGCAGCCCCUCAACACUGCCAGCACCCCGCCUGUCCAUCAGGCCACUCAGGAAAAUGGCAGGUCAGCCCAAACUCAAGGUGCCGCAGAAGGAGUGACCAAGAGAGACUCGGGGACAAUUUCCAUGUUUUUCAAAGGCGAUGAGGCAGAGAACGAGGAAAUACUAUCAUUGGAAAGGAACAAUGAGGCUGGUAAAGCUGACGUCGACGCUUUCCAGCAAACCAUGGGGCACACGUAUUACCAGCCGCUCCAUCCUGUUCACCAGGUCCCAGUCCCUCCUUUUUCUAAUGCAGUUCCGCCACCUGAGGCGCUACAUACAGAAACAGAUGUCCAGAAUUCCUUCAGGACCUCAAAUGACGCCCCGGCCUUUGAAAACGUGGCAGACAAAGCUGAUCCUGUGGACACCAGAGGUCAUGUUGGCUCGCACUAUGAAAAUGUCGAAAACCAGGAGUGCAUUCAGAACCAAGAGGUUUUGCCUAGCGAGCCGCUGACCCAGAGCUGCACGUCUCCAGGUGUGGAUCCGAACAGAUACGCCUCGCUUGUGGGACCGUCGCUUCCGAAGAACGCCACUGUAAGCCACUUGGAAGGAGGACCGAACCUGGAAGCUCCCGAUGUGUUACUCCGCCCCGGGCGUCCCGACAGCGUCUCUUCCAACUACAGCAACUUGAGCCACCGGAGCGUUUCCAACACGUUGCGACCCCAAGAGCUGGCCACGUUCAUUCAACAAGAGAGUGGGAAGCCGGAAGAAGAGGCCUCCCGGGGUUUCUUCAAGCAGAUCGACUCCUCGCCUUUGGGAGGAGAGGCCAGCGAAGCCAGUCCCAGCAAAAAUUAUUAUGGCGGUCUCUCUCUGGCCCCGACGCCCAGCCCUCCCAAACCCACAGGAGUGUUCCAAAUGAGCGCCAACAGUUCAUUCGAGCCGGUCCGGUCCCACGCAUCUGGUAUCAAACCUUUGGAAGCUGACCAAGCCAAGAUGCCCGCUGAGCGGAAUUGUCCAAACCAAGCGGGUACCAAAAAGAGCCCGGCCACACCUGUCGCCUCGCCAGGUAACCUCGAACAACCUCCUGAUAAUUUGGAAACUCUCUUCCUGCCCCAAACGCAUCCUUUGCCCCUUACAGUGACCGGAAAUGUGGGUGAAUCCGCGCCGGAAAAACGACCCUCCUCAGCCAGGGCUCAGGGCAGCGUUAAGAAGUGCGAGAGCCCGGCCACGACACUUUGGGCCCACAAUGAAUUGCCCAGCUUUGGGGGCAACGUGCUCCUCGCCCCGGCGGCUCCUGCGGUGUAUGUUCCGGCCAAGCAGAGUGUUCAGGUGGUCCAGCCCCCGGAGGAAGGGGUGUCCGAACAGCAUCGGAGCGAGCUGGGGUCUGUUGUCCUCCCGCCUUUGCAACCCGGAAGCGUCUCUUCCGAAAACUUGGAGAACCCUCCCAAAAUGGGCGAGGAGGAGGCCCUCCGCUCCCAGAUGAGCUCUGGUUACGCCAGCCUCCUUUCCUCGCCACCGACAGAGGCCCUGCAGAACCCGCCGGUCUUGAUCGCACAGCCGAACCAAAGCUAUAGCUUAGCCCAGCCGGUGAACUUCUCUCUGAACCGGCACGAAAAUAACCACGUGGGGAAAGAUCCCUCGCUUAGCAGCAGGAACAGUGGUCACCUUUCCGGGGAAAGCAUCUUGUUCCCUGGAUCGUCUGCCAACCCGCCAAUUGCUCCUCUACCCCAUAACUUCUCACUACAUGCUUCCGAAACGACUUUGAAAACAUCAGCAAACUUACUGAUCCCGCCGGCUGCUCAAGGGCCUCUCAAUUUGGCUCCGGAAAACCACAAGACGACGACGACGAUAACGACUCCUUCUUUGGAAGGAGGCUUAGCUCCUCAGUGUACUAAUGCUAGCUCCUUGGGCACAGCUGGAGGAUCCAAUAAUUGCGGUCGGCCUGCAAAUGGGGCAAGCAGCCAGGAGUUGUCUCACGCUCUUGAUUUCACGGUCACCAAAACUCUGGAGCAAAGUCCUUCCAAUGGCCGAGGGGCACCGGAGGCUCAGGACCAGCAGCGUUUUUAUCAGCAGGUCACGAGAGACACGCAAGGUGUUGCCGCUCCUCCAGUUUCACAGCCACAAGCCCAGGUGGCUUUGGCAUCUCAGGCGGCGACUCCUCCACAGCCUGUGCUGCCCUCGAAUCCUCAGCCGACUCCUGGCACAAGCUCUGGCCCAAACCCUCCCCAAACGCCGGCGAGCUACAGCCAAGCCAUGGCGAAUAACAAGCCUUCAAACACCACUCCUCCAGUGUCAUCAGCUGUUGAUGCCAGCCAAACAACACACCCCCCGUCUCAACAAGAACCACAACAGACACCCCACAAUGCCUUUGGCGUGCCACCAAACCCUUACUACUACUACGGACACCCUUAUGACGCUUACCCGCCCUCCUACCAUCCGCCGUAUCCUCCCAUGGAUCCCCGGAUGGCUCAUCUUUACUACCAGGAGGAUGCAUAUGGCCGAUGCGACCCGUCGUCCUACCAAUACGACAGCACUGCGGCUUAUGGGGAUGCGAGGGGCUACCGCUACACGGAACCCGAGCGGCCCAGCUCCAGAGCCAGCCAGACCUCCGACCGGCCUACAUCAAGGCAGGGCUAUCCCGAUGAUUAUUAUAACACCAAAGGCCGGUGGAGUGAUUACUACGCAGACUAUUAUGGCUACGAUUAUAGAGACCCAAGCCGCACGGACCGCUAUCCCUCAAGCUACGAUCCCCGAUACCGAGAUCCCAGGACAUACGACCACCGCUAUUGGUACGACCCAGAGCACAGCCCCUACCAAAAGAGAGAGCCCUAUCCAUACGGAAACAGUCACGAGCGGUAUGAGGAUCAUUGGCGGUACGACCCUCGCUUCGCCGGGAGCUUCGACGAGGAUUUAGAGCCUCGGAGAGACCCCUACGGAGAUGACUUUGACCGCCGCAGCAUCCACAGCGAACAUUCAGGCCACAGCCUGCACAGCUCGCACAGCAUCCACAGCCGCCAUAGCAGUUUCAGCUCUCGGUCCCAACAGAGCCAGCUUUACCGAAGCAACCACGACUUGACAGCCGGCGCUUACGAGGCGGACCAUCGGCCAGCCUCGCUGCAUACGGAGUAUUCUUGUGGGGGAUAUCCCCCGUACAUGAACCCUCCCUCUCUGGCGGAUUAUAACCACUCGGCCCAAGCGGCUUGGCCAACGGUCGAACAAGUCCCUUCGAGGCCUCUGACGCCAGAGAAGUUCUCAGUGCCCCAUGUCUGCGCCCGGUUCGGCCCCGGAGGCUACCUCAUAAAGGCGCUGCCAAACCUGCCCUCCGAAGGACAACCCGCUUUGGUCGAGAUCCACAGCAUGGAGAUGAUGAUGCAGCAUUUGCCAGAGCAAGAGGAGAUGAGAGCAUUUCCUGGGCCACUCACCAAAGACGACACCCACAAAGUGGAUGUCAUUAAUUUUGCCCAGAACAAAGCCACUCGCUGCUCUCAGGACGAGGUGCUGCUUGACAAGGAGUCGGCCUGCCUGCUCUGGGACUUCAUCGUCCUCCUCUGCCGGCAGAAUGGGACGGUGGUGGGCACCGACAUUGCCGAGCUCCUCCUCCGUGAUCACAAAACGGUGUGGCUCCCGGGGAAGUCGCCCAACGAAGCCAACCUGAUUGACUUCACCAACGAGGCCCUGGACCAUGCGGAGGAGGAAUCCGGGGAGGCCCAGCUCUCCUUCCUCACUGACAGCCUCAUCGCCACCAUCGACAGCCUGGAGAAGGAGACGGAGCGCUUCCGGGAGCUUCUGCUUUACGGUCGUAAGAAGGACGCUCUGGAGUCUGCCAUGAAGCACGGCCUCUGGGGCCACGCCUUGUUGCUGGCCAGCAAGAUGGACAGCCGGACCCACGCACGGGUGAUGACCAGGUUUGCCAACAGCCUUCCGAUAAAUGACCCGCUGCAGACGGUAUACCAGCUCAUGUCUGGCAGGAUGCCGGCCGCAUCAACGUGCUGCGGCGACGAGAAAUGGGGCGACUGGAGGCCCCACUUGGCCAUGGUCCUGUCCAACUUGACCAACAAUAUGGACGUCGAGACAAGAACCAUCAUCACUAUGGGAGACACGCUUGUUUCAAAGGGGCUCUUGGAGGCGGCUCACUUUUGCUACCUGAUGGCACAGGUUGGGUUUGGUGUCUAUACGAAGAAGACGACGAAGCUGGUGCUGAUCGGUUCAAAUCACAGCUUACCUUUCCGACGCUUUGCCACCAACGAAGCCAUCCAAAGGACCGAAGCCUAUGAAUACGCACAGUCGCUCGGGACCCAGCCGUGCUGCUUGCCCAACUUCCAGGUCUUCAAGUUUAUCUAUGCUUGCCGGCUGGCCGAAGUGGGGCUCGCUGCCCAGGCCUUUCAUUACUGCGAAGUGAUUUCCAAAGCCAUCCUGAAGAGCCCCAGCUAUUACUCCCCGGUUCUCAUCAGCCAGGUGAUCCAGAUGUCCUCGCGGCUGCGGCUCUUUGACCCUCAGAUGAAGGAGAAGCCCGAGCAGGAACUGUUCAUUGAGCCCGAUUGGCUGGGGCAGCUUCGCGGCUUAGACGGGCAGAUUAAGGAAGGCUGCCUAACGUACAGUGCCGGGAGAGCCACCCCUCAGCAGUACGCCUGCAGCACACCCAGCUCGGAAAUGGACCAUGUCUCUCAAAACGAAGGCAUAGGAGCCGCCCAGGAGAUGAAUCCUGGUCCUGAGAAUCCCCUCCUCGCCUCCUUGCUCCCAGGCUCAACACAACCCACACCGGGGGUCCAGCUGAUGCCCUCAGCUCCUCAAACCAUUCUGGAGAGCGCCGCUGCCACCACCAUGGGUCUGUCUUCCCAGCAAGAGGUGCCCAACGCCGUUCCCUUCUACUCGGUGGCCCCUUCCAACGUGGGACCGGGGCCUGGCUUUGUGGGCUCCUACGCAAUGGACCCGAGCCCCGUUUCCUCAGGGAUGAUGGGGCCUCCAGCCAGCCUUCCUCCUCAACCCCAUGAGCUCCAGCCUCAAGAGCCACUCCGCCAGGAAACAGCGCUGCAGGCGGCCCCUCGGGAGUCUCCCAGUUGGAAGCCGCCCCCAGAACCCAGGGAAGACGACUUCUAUGGCAAGAUGGCAAGCAUGGGCCCGGGACGACGAUCCAGAACGACCUCCCAGUCUUCAGCCCACAUGGGCUUUGGGCCGCGAUCCCGGACCACCUCGGAGUCGUCGGUGCAUUCAGUGGGGCGCGAGAGGCGCUCCUCGGCCGCCCGGCAACCCUCUCCACCCGCGCCCUCCGCCCCGGAAGGGAAGGGACCCACCAAGGAGGCCAAGAAGGAGCCUGCGCCACGCAAGAGCGGGGCGACGUGGUUCGGCUGGCUGAUGGGCAAAGGCAAGAACGAGGCUCACCUCCCGGACGACAAGAACAAAUCGAUUGUCUGGGAUGAGAAGAAGCAGCGAUGGGUCAACCUGGAUGAACCAGAAGAAGAGAGCAAGCCGCCUCCUCCGCCUCCAACGGGGUUCCCACAAGUCACGCAGGCCGCUCCGAUGGGGCCGGUCGGCCCUCCCAAUGCCUCGGUCAAUAUGUUCUCCAGGAGAGCAGCCGGAAGCAAAGCCCGCUACGUUGACGUCCUGAACCCGAGCCGAACGAAAUCUCCGGGAGCGGCCCCGGCCCCCUCCGAUCUCUUUGCACCAUUGGCUCCGAUGCCCAUCCCUGCCAACCUGUUUGUCCCAAAUGCAGUUGCGGAGGAGCCUCAGCCUCUGGAAGGCCAAGUGGCCGAAGAACAGGGAACUCCGGAACCUGAACCGGGCCCGGAAACAACCGCAGAGCUUUCGGCCCCUUCUUCCGGAGGACCCCCAGCGGGUGCCGUCCAAUUUUACAACCCUUCCCAGUUUGCACAGCCUGCUGCGGUUUCCGGAGGCUCGCGACUCGGCCGAAUCGGACAGAGGAAAUACCCCACUUUGAAAUAGCACUUUGAUACACGGAUUUUUACAAAGACGUACUCCGGAUCCCAUGGUGCACUGGGCCUCUCACCUUUGGGAACGGAGUGGUUAUGUCAUGGUAACCCAUUCUGUAAAGAAGAAAACGACCGGAGAGUUUCUCGUUUUUUUUUCUCGGAAAACGGGAAAGGGGCGGUUCCCUUUCUUCUCUUUUCAGCGUUUUUUUUUCAAAAGACAAAAUAUUGGUUUCUUUCCCAAUAUUUUAGGGGGAUGUUUGUCACCUUUUCGCCUCCCAGUUUUGUGGCCUUACAGGGAUUUUUUUCCGGGGGCCCGACGCUUUUAACGCGCCCGAAAAACCAUGGGUCGCCGACCUCGGAAAUGUCCCCUUAUUGGCUGGGAUUCCUCCUCCUCCUCUUCCUCCUCUUCCUCGUCUCGCAUUGUUUUCCUCCUCAAAACGUAGCUCAUCCAAAUAAAUAGAAACAGAAAAUGACAUGGGAAUCGCCGGGAGGGAAAGUGAAACAAAACUGUGAUUUGUCAUCUUAGGACGUGGAUUUCUUCCCCCGUUUUUAGUUACGUUCGUGUUUAGACUCCUUGUAAAGCGAAGAAAUUGUAUAGUUUGGAAAACAGGAGCCCUUUGUAUAGUCGGCGGUGCUGUCCUCUCCUCGGAAGUGCAAUAUCUUCUCUGAAACUCUGUCCAAUUCUUGAUUUGUGAUCUCUUUCCGCUCUUCUUCUUCGUCCAAAUGGUCGAGGUCUGUCUUCUUUCCCCUUAAAUCCCACUGACGUUCGGAUUCGCCGGCGACCAGCAGAAAAUAAACUUAUGUUUUCACCCCAAAAA